CUUAAAUUUGUAUUCAGUUUUAAACUUCCUUAAAGGAAUACAACUUUGUAUUAGGUUGUUUAUUUGAUGUGUGGAAAGAAACCGGCAUGUGGUUUUAAAAUGGAGCUCUUCAUUUCCUUUGGAAUAAUUGUUCUUUGUGGACAAGUAUCCAGCAUAACGUUGUCGGGGAAUGGUACAUCUGGAGGUUUCACAGUUCAAGAGAACGAAUCCCUGCAGUUGACGUGUUCUACGUCUACCGAUGUACAGUAUGUAUCAUAUAUAAGAAGACUAAUGGGAUUAGUUUCUAAGACAAUCACCUCAGUAGGGUACGGAUCAUCAGGCUGUGGCACGGACCCCACACCGCCGUCCUACUUCAGCUGUUCCUGUGUAAGUAGAAAGCAGUACGUCUGUGUCAUCCGGAACGUCACCAGAGACAUGAAUGGACACGUGUUGUUAUGUUUACGUCCAGGAGGAGAUCCAAAUGACGUCAGUGGGGAUCAAACACUCGUCGUAUCAAUCGGCGUAACUGCGGUGUCUAUGGUUUUCCCGGCGGUCAGCUCCGUCUCUGUCAUUGAUAACAGCGCCCGGCAGUUCCGGUGUGUGACAUCUGCCGGAAACCCCCAGGCCACCGUGGAGUGGUACAAGGAUAACGGUACACCUGAUAGGGCGGAUGACACUCGCAUCACUACCGGGAUAGAGACAGACACUAGCGCAAGUGGUACUCUCAUUGUGACUAUAGGUAAACUGACGUUGACUGUGCAGAGAAACGAUCAUGAUUUGGGCGUAUACUGCAGGGCAAACAACGGCGGAAAUUGGCUAUACUCCUCUAGUGUUGUCUUAGAUGUUCAGUACGAACCUUUAAAUCCGAAAGUAUUAUAUAAGGUUUCCGAGGUUACCUCCCCUAUACGGGUCAUAUCCGGACAUUCCAUGACGCUCAGCUGCACCAGCACGGGAAACCCAAAUCCCACUUACACCUGGACGUACCCUGGUGGAAACGCACAUAGUGGAUCCACGCUCACACUUGCCAGCGUGCAGACCACACUCGCCGGGGAUGUCAUGUGUACAGCAAUGAACACGUUGUCACCUACUGGAGGAACAGCGGUUGUAAAAAGUAGACAAACAACCAUUAACCUUCAAGUUCUGUAUUCCCCGCGUGCACCAUCAUGUACCAUAAGCGGGACCACAAUAUCAACCACUGCUAUACUCGUGGAGGGCACAGAUCGCACCAUCAACUGCACAAGUUCGGCAAACCCGCCCCUGAUCACUUACACUUGGUCAACUCCGCGACGUGGUCAAGUGUCUGGAGCCAGUUUAUCCCUUAUCAAUGUCCAGCACACCACCGACCAAGGCCAGUACACUCUGACGGUUACAAACACAAUGGAUCCCACAGGAGAAAACAUGGAAACGGGAACUAGCAACACAAUGUUCUCAGUGAAUGUUCAGUUUGAACCUUCAACCCCUAUGGUUUCCUACCAGGGUUCCGCAAUAAUCUCCAAUUUGCGUGUAAUAUCCGGACGUUCCAUGACUCUCAACUGCAGCAGCACGGGAAAUCCGAGCCCCACUUAUACGUGGACGUACCCUGGUGGAGAGUCACAUAGUGGCCCUAACCUCACAUUCAGCACCGUGCAGACCAUACACGCCGGAGAUGUCACGUGUACGGCAGAGAACACGUUGUCACCUACUGGGGAGAAAGCGGUUGAUAGAGCACGACAAACAACCUCGACUCUCCAAGUUCUGUAUCCACCAAGAAAACCAUCAUGCACCAUAAGCGGGACCACAAUAUCAACCACUGCUAUACUCGUGGAGGGCACAGCUCGCACCAUCAACUGCACAAGUUCGGCAAACCCGCCCCUGAUCACUUACACUUGGUCAACUCCGCGACGUGGUCAAGUGUCUGGAGCCAGUUUAUCCCUGAUCAACGUCCAACACAGCGCCGACCAAGGCCAGUACACUCUGACGGUUACAAACACAAUGGAUCCCACAGGAGAAAACAUGGAAACGGGAACUAGCAACACAAUGUUCUCAGUGGAUGUUCAGUUUGGUCCCAAAGUACAACUUCGGGAGAUCCAUGCCAUAUUAAGGGACAUAGACUUAAACUUCCAGUGCCCAUUUGUUUCUGGGAAUCCUUCUGAGACAUCCUUUGUCUGGACUAGAUCAGUUGACAGCAGACAAUGGAACAGCCAGAUUGUCAGUAUCAGCUCUGUAAAGAAAUCAGACGCCGGCAUGUAUACGUGCACCGCAACGAACCAGAUGACGCCCACUGGAGCGCCCGGCAUCACUGGAAGUCAUAGCGGAACCUUUUACCUUAAUGUUCAGUAUGAAUCUGUCGUCAGUGACUUCCAUGUUACUCAGCACAUCGGAACUUUCAACGUUACACAAUCUGAGUACAGCAAUGUGACGUUUACCUGCACGGUGGAUAGCAAUCCUUCGUCAACCAUCAAUAUUCGAAAGGAAGGUGAAAUAAGGAGAUCCAUCGAUAAUUCAAAACAGCUUGAAUACACCAUUGCAAACCUAACAUGCUGGGAUGCCGGGCUUUAUACUUGUGAUGGCAGCAAUGAGUUUAAUACCGACACCCUUUCGAUGAAGAACUUGAAGUUGCUUGUUACAUGCAGACCAAGGCGUCCACCUGGCGAAGUUGUGGAGUUGACCUUUGUAGCCCGCCAUCACGAACAAGUAACACUGAAGUACACUGUGUUUGCGUAUCCGGUCCCUAGUCCAUCACAGUUUGUCUGGAAAAGAUGCAAGCCAACUUGUGCUCAUUUAUCAAAUCUCCCUGGGAAAUACGAAAUAAGAACAACAGGGUUGUCUAGUAAUUUGACCAUUUUGGGAGUCGAUACUGGUGAUUACGGCGUGUACAGUAUUUCGGUUAGCAAUGGCAUUGGCGAAGAGCUAGUCGAAGAAAUUUAUCUCAAACCAGCUGGACCACCAGAUCCACCAACGGAACUCCAUGUUAUUGAGGAGUCCAUCGGAGAAACACAAGCAAUACUAACAUGGAUACCUGGAUUUAAUAACGGUUUAAGUCAAACAUUUCAUUUAUCGUAUGGAACAUUGAUUGAAUUCGCAACCAUAACUAAAGUGAAUAUUUCUCAAAACGAAUUCGAAGAAAGCAUUAACUAUACAAUAAACAAACUGCAACCUGAAAAGCAGUACUAUGUGGAACUUUUUGCUUCUAAUGCCGAAGGGAACUCCAUGAGAGUCAACGCAACAUUUACAACAUUGGUGCAUCUUGUUAUUGAUCCAGAUGGUCCAUCAGCUGCUAUAAUUGGUGGAUCAAUCGGAGGUGUCAUUUUCGCAGUGUUGAUUAUUGGAGGCGUUAUUUUGGGCGUAAUGAAAUUGAGAAAACUCGGAUCAGCUUCAAGACAACCCGGACAUGGCACAGAAAACGCUGGAUGUCACGAUGUGAUUACUUACGAAACGAUUCAAAUGACAAAUGACAAAACUGUAUACGACGCUCUAGGUUCAGCCUCAAGACAAACCGGACAUGGUACAGAAAACGUUGGAUGUCACGAUGUGAGUACUUACGAAACGAUGCAAACGACGAAUGACAAAACUGUAUACGACGCUCUAAAUACUGGAAAAGAUUGCCCCAACACAUCACACGUGUACACGUCGUUGGACGAUUCAGCAUCCAUUGCAGACUACGAGAAUGUCAAAAAAAAGGAUCCCGUUUACAACAAUGCUGAAAUACCCAGUGCAGACUGUAUAUAGUAAAACUAUCUGAUUUCCAUGAACUGAGAUGGUGUAAUUAUUCUUCACUAAACUUUUAAAUAUUUUCACGUGAUAUUUGUUCAAGCUGAUCGCCGGAUCGUUAGGAGACCAACAUCGAUAAACGAUGUGUAUAAUAUGGUAUGCAGUAACCAAUACGACAGCAUCCAUCGCCAUAUAGUUUAAGUAGACGUAGAUCUUCUUCAACUUCAUUACACUCCUCUUUAUAUGAACUAAGGCACUGAAUCUACGGUCUUGAAAUAUUAUUGCUGGAAACGUUAUAAUAAAUUAUGCUAAAUACGUCAAGUGAGACAUAGAAGGAGUAAAAGGGAAAUGUUUGUUCUAUCUUUAUGUAAUUUGGAAGGCUUUGACGUCAUUUAAAAUGAUUUAAGAUGACCACAGUGGACAAAUUAAUUAAUAGAUACACAAGACAUGAACAAUAAUAUUGUUUUGUAAUUUCUAGCAUUACACGUGUAUGACAACCAUACAUUUCCAUCAAUUUACGUUCAAACCCAAUUCAUUAAAACAAUAAAGGUAUGUCGCGUUUCUCCUUAGAAAAUUUACUCACUUUGAAAUGCUGCACAAUUAAUUUUUCAAGGCAUCCAUGUUGUAUUAGAUUGGAUGAUAGAAAAGUUCUAGUUCAGCAAAAAUAUAAAAUCUCUCAGAUAUUUAUGAUUUGUUUCUCUUUUAGUGAAGGUGUUAAACUAAAAUUAAAGUAUAACAAACUAUGUGCAUCACUUAGCUUACACUAAAACAACAUAUCGAUCUGAAGUGGCAUUCUUAAUCGUAAAUACAGAUACGGCAUCCUGGACCACAUCCUGGUACUUAACGUUAAGUGAACACGUACAUUUAGGUAAUCCCGUCCAUACUUUUUUUAAAAAUACACAAACACAUUCGAUCAGUCCUUCAUACACCCAAAAUAGCUCAAUAUGAUGUAGUCGACUCAUUCUCGUUUUUAAAAUCGAAAAAGCGAAAGUUAUGAAAAUCAGUAAAUGGAAUAUUGUGUUUACCAGACAACAUUCAUGCAUUUAAUAGUGAUAACCUUGUAGAAAAAGUGAAAUGUGAUACAUUUCUUGCCACAAUGACACAUUUUAACCAAAGCAGUUUGGUCCCUAUAAGUUAACCCGUCCCAGCAUUUUGUGUCACUUUUGACUGAUCCUACAUAUAUAUGCAUACAUCAGAAGUUAGGUCCAUCUGAUAGUCUGUGUCAGGUUUUCAAAUCUCACUGAAUGCCAUCUAAGCGCAUGUUCGUCUGUAGUACUCAGGCGUUUUUGCCCAAAAUGCCAUUAUUCGAGGUUUUUCAACUGGAUCUAGAAUCGAAUGGUAUAUAAAGCAUCAAAUGGUUCAGUUCUACACAUCUUUGCAAACAUUUCACAAGCAAUUACCCUAUACAUUUAUAUGCAAACAACCCACACUCCAGUCACAAAAACCUUUAAUUCAAUUAAAAGCAAAUUGAUUUAAACAAAAAAGCUUUGCAUUUUUCUAAUUAAAAUCACUAACUGAAUUUUGCAAAGUAAAUUUCUCAAUGAAUCUAUGUUUUAAAUAGGCCGGAAGACAGCCAAGUUCUAUUGCAGCCCAAAAUAUUAAUCACUGAGAUAAUGAAUUCAUUCUCUCUGAGUGCAGGUAUUUGACUGAAUUUAAAGUAUAAUAACUAUAAGUUCACUUUAUAAAAACUAAUACAAAACAUCACUAUAAAGUAGCAUUCUCAAUGUUAAUUAUCUGGUGCUCAAUUGAAAGAUUGACAACAAUGUUUUUUUGCAAAACUCUUGUAGAUUAAUGACGUUAUAAGUAAACACAGAUACAAACCAUAUUUUUCUGCACCAUUGAAGCCCAAUAUUAUAUAUUUAAAACUAUAGCAAUAGAUUAUUAGAGCUAUAGUUGUCAUCUACGGAAAUACAGUAGUAGAAUAUGUAACAAACAUAAACGUAUUUUUAUCACAAGCAUUAUCACAUUUUAAGAUAACGAUAAUAAUUGCACAGAAGAUUUUUACAAAAAAAAAUUAAAUCAAAUUUAGGAAUAUCAUUGCCAAACAUUUACUCAUCUACUAAUAUAAUUGAAACAAAAACAUUCCUAAAGUUUUGAAAAGAUUAUUUAUUGCACAUGCUCAAUGAAGUAUAUGUAGCUAAGAAACUCUGACACUAUAUUUGAAAUAUCUUCUGAGUGAUAAUAAAUUACAUUCUUAGUUAUUUAUUGUCAAUAACAUAAUUCAUGUCGAUAUAGAUCAUCUGUAUGUUGCAUGAGGACAAAACCAGUUGCAAUAACUGUUGUUGCGAAAGGUCAACUAUGAAAACAUUUUUCACAUCUAUUACAUAUUGCGGGAAACAACAUUGUUUGAAUAAGUUCAUGUUAAAAUCUCCAUGCCUUUUAAAGUAUGAAUCUGAUUUUCUAUCAAAUAAUAUUUGAGUGCAAUGGUAUUUAAUGACUGAGCUAUUUUUGCAUUAUUGUUUAUGUGUACAUGAAUGUUAGAUUUAAAAGCUGUAAGUAACAGUUCGUAUGCACAAUGUUCAGGCAAAUUAGUCAAGCGCCAAUUUCUUUAUUUUUAUGUAAACCUUUUACAAAUAUAAAAAUAACUCACUUAUUAUGUACGAUUCAUUAUUAUAUUAUUAGACAACGAUUGUCUUUGCAAUAUAAGGAAAUGAGACUAUGCUGACGAAAUAUGUACAAUUGAUAAUAAGAUGAAUUACUGCCUUUGCCAAUAUUUAUUUGCUUGUUUUUUGCCCUAAAUUUGUCAAAUAUUUGCAAUUCCAAACACCUACACACAUGAAGAUUUUUGUUUAUAAUGAUAAAUGAUAAAUAAGGUACCCAAACAAAGGUCCGAAUUUGCAAUUAAAAUCAUCAACAUAUAAAUGAAGUUAUUAGACAGAAAUCAAAACUUUAUCCCUGAACUAAGACGGAAAAUAAAUCCAAUCCAAUACGCGGUUGCUUUGAUAUAAAGUGUACUUAAGACUAACACUAUGUUAUGUUUGUUUCUGGUUGAUAUUUAAUAAAUAUUACACCAGAAGACAUAAAUACAAAGGUGGUAUCUCUUUUCAUGAAAUCCUUGUAUCACAUUGAACAACUCUAUAUGUUAACAAUUGUGAAAGUGGAGGAAUUAAAACGUUUAAAUUGUUUCAAAUGGUGUGAUGCAAUAUUUCAAGGAACACUUUUGCAGACUGAACAAAUGAGAAUACAACUUAAUGCUGCGCACUUCUUUUGCCAAUACAUAACUAUAUUAUUUAUAGAUAGUUCGCCUUAUACUGGAAACUUCAACAAUUUAAACAGCAUACUGAACACUUUCUAUCUCUCAAUGUCCCUCGAGACACUUGAAGACAUACUUCGUAUAUGAACAAUUUCAUUAUGUUAUAAUUCAUGAAUGGAUCUGUAGUAGUUCCUACAUUUUUGUAAUUUAUUUAACAUUAAAGAUGUAUAAUCGGUU